AUGAUUACGUGUAGGCGUACGGAGCCAAGGCGUCUCUUGGAUCACACUCUCCUUACCAACCGGAACGCCCACAGUCGAGACAUGGUUCGUGCGACAGCGGAGAAUCUGUGCAACCACGGACAGACUCGAUGUGUCCGGGAAGUUGCAUAA